AUGGUCGUCCGCAUACGCCUUGCCCGCUUCGGGCGCGUCAACCAGCCCUUCUACAACAUUGUCGUCUCGCAAGCCAGCCCUUCAAUCACCACUGCACACAAUGUCACCAUCACCGACGCCUCGCAGGGCCCGGAGAUUGGCAAACGACGAAGAAUAGAGACCAUCUCAAGUACAAAGCUAACGCGCAAGCCCCCGACUCGUAGAACUGCUCGCAACAGCAAGCCCAUUGAGGUUAUUGGCACCUACGACCCCGUCCCUAAGCAAGACCCCUACGACGCUACGACCAAGCCGCACAAGGACAUCCGCCUCGACUCCCUUCGCGCACGAUACUGGAUCGGAGUCGGCGCGCAGCCGACGGAGACCGUGUGGAGGCUGCUGUCAAUGGUACGAGAUAUCCUUUCUUCCGCUUUCCUACGAUGCAUCCGGCAUAACCGUGAGAUGGGGGACGGUCAGGGAUCACGGAUCGCUGCUGCGUGGACAAUUAAGCCCUAA